CGCACACAUCAAUCAGUAGAACAGAUCGAUCAAUAGUCUCAUCAAUAGCGGUCAUGUUGGGUUCGGUGCUGCUGGUAUUGUUAGGAGGCGUUCUGGUUUCCUGGCUGAUUUACGUGCAUGAGCAUCACACGAGGAUUGAUCGACUAACCAGGAACUGGCCCCAGCCACGAUCCUGGCCGAUAAUGGGUCAUCUGCAUUUAAUGAUCCCCCUGGCCGGAUCGGAAUUCUUCAAGCAUGGCUCGAAGCUCAUCUUCACCUUCAUUAAGGAUCAUCGCGUUAAGUUGUGGCUGGGCCAUCGACUCUACUUCUUCGACUGCAACCCGAAGGACAUUCAAGCCCUGUGCAGCGCUCAGCAACUACUCGAAAAGACUGCGGACUAUCGUUUCUUUGAGAACUGGCUCUGCGAGGGUAUUUUCACGAGCCGUGUAGAAAAGUGGACGCAUCGUCGAAAAAUGCUGUCGCCGUCAUUUAACUCGAACAGUAUAAGGGAGUUUGCCAAGAUCUUUGAACGACAGGCACGGAUUCUGGUGUUUAAGUUGGGAGAGGUGGCUGCUUCAGGCGAACCAGUGGAUUUCUUUCGACUCAUCGCCACCUACACCCUGGAUACUAUUUGCGAAACGGCUCUGGGCGUUUCAGUUGGGGCGCAGAAGAGCAAUAAUUGUGAAUACUUUGAUUAUGUGAGAGAAGCCCUGCACAUUGUCGAUUGUCGCAUCAAGAACUUGUUCUAUCGAAACGAGAUCAUUUAUAAGUUCACAGCAUUGGCUGCUCGGGAGCGGCGUGUGGUGAAGGCUCUACACAAUUUCACGGAUGACAUUAUCAAGAAACGCUGCGAGGAGCUGAAGUCUGAUCAGGCCAAUCGGAAUACCAACGAUACUGUCAAUCCAGAGACGGAACAACGACGCAGUCUGAGUUAUCUGGAUACCCUGCUGCAUGCCACAGCCCCGGAUGGUAAGCCGCUCAAGGUCACGGAUAUACGCGAAGAAGUGGACACCAUUAUAUAUGGCGGUUUCGACCUCACCGCCGCCACCAUUAAGUUUUUCCUAUACAGAAUGACUUUGCAUAUGGACUAUCAGAAGCGAUGUCGUGAGGAGAUAUGGCAGGUUUGUGGCAGGGACUCUAAUGCCGACAUAACCAUAGAACAAAUGCGUCAGUUAAUUUAUUUGGAAUGGUGCCUAAAGGAGAUACUUAGGCUCUAUCCCUCAGCACCAAUAGUGGCGCGACAUGCCAGAGCCGAUUGCGUAAUAAAUGAUUUUUGCAUACCAGCGGGGAGCAAUGUCAUCAUUUCGCCUCUGUACAUGGGCCGAUGCAAAGAGUUCUUCCCGGAUCCGCUUACUUUUAACCCCGAACGCUGGUCCCCCGAUGCAGAGCCCAAAAUAGAGCCAUCAACCUUUAUACCCUUCAUGACUGGCGGUCGCAGUUGCAUAGGCCAGCGUUAUGCCAUGGUCAUGAUGAAGCUUGUCCUGGCCCACUGCCUGAGAAACUUCGAAUUUGAAGCCGCCAGCGAAACGGAUCGAGAGGCGCGAUUGACAUUUGUCGUCACCCUACACACCAUGAAGCCGGUCUUUUUGAGAGUGAAGGCUGUGUGAGGCUCUAUUCAUACCAAAUGUUCGUAUAAUGGAUUUCAUGAGAAUAUUGCGUCAAAUAUUGAUCUUUAUUUCAAAUUAAAAACCGCUAAAGACCAGGAUUUAAAUUAAUUUAAUAAGCGUUCAACUGCAGCCCGGAAUUGUUCGCCUGGUUAUUUAUGUUUCUGGUCUGGCAAGAUAUAGUGUUGGAAAUAGUAAUUAACUUAUAAGGUCACUCGAUUAAUUUUAAAUCCCCCUAUGGCGGGGCAUAAUAAUUAAGGCUGUAUGUAUUACUUUUUAAAAGUAUUACUUUUUAGAAAUAUUGAUUCAAAGGAAUUCUUUUACUGCUACAAAUUUAGUUUCCAAAGGGACUUCAAUAGAAAUUUGAGAAAUGUUAAAAA